CCCCACCAGUUACCUCAUCGCGCUUCACGGGCACUGCAACCCAUCGCAAGCGCCUGUUGCUCGCUGUUGAUUGCUCCGAUCCAGGUGUCGGUCAGUUCGUUCUCUCCGCUCUGCCCGCUGUCGCAGUGUGUCUCGUCCCGCGGCAACAGCGGUCCUCUCCUCCCGUCUUGUUUGGUUCCCGGUCAAGCUGAACUUCCACUUCCUUAUCAAACAACUUGGAACCCAACGGCUCACUAAGGUACCUACUCGUCAGGACUGUUUGCCGCCCCUUUCUGUCAUGCGAAGAUGCUGGACAUUUUCCUGAGCGAAACCACCAGAUGAGAGACAAGGACUCGCGCAACAAGGAAGAGACAGAAGUGUAAGAUAGGCGGUUAGCCAGUUGCCGACGCAGCCGGCGGUCGCGACUCAGCUCUCAGAGGAUCACCGUGAUACCUUCACUUUCCAUCCCAUAGGAUCCGACAUGGACGAUAGUGUUUUCCUGCCGGAUGCUGUAACGGCGGCAGCCUUGGCCCCGACAGCAGUAUCCGUCCCGGUGCUGAAUAAUGCCAGCGCAUGGCACAACUUCACGGUCUGGACCGCCCAGCGCCUGGGUUAUGCGUUCAACGUGACGAAACUGGCGCCUUCGCUCGAGGAUCUAGUCUGGGCAGGGCCCCGGAUGGUGAAGAAGCUGGGGAAGCUGGGCGGCUCAUAUAUCUUUUACCCCGAUGCCAUUGACGGCUUUGGCCAGCGCGUCAUAGCCGAGUCGACCGACCCGGCCGCUUUCUUUGUCACGACUGCUCCCGACAGCACGACUGCUGCCGACGCCGCCCGAGCCAUACUCGAAUCCGCAUCGUCUUCCGCCGCGGCCACUGCUACGGGCCAAGAGUCAGCCGCCUUCGCAUCACGAUUUACAAUGGAGGGCGCCAGAGGUCUAGGGAGCGUCUUCAGCUACGCAACAAGCAAGUGGGCGCUAGCAUGCAUUGUCAUGGCUGUGGUCUUCAACCGGACACACAUCUUCGCCGCUACUCGCCGCCGACUGACGCUACCAUGGACAGUCCGGCUUGCGCUCCGGUUGCCGGUUAUCUUAGUCCUCGCUUGGCAGGUCGAACGGGUCCUCGAAUCGAUACAGUGCCAAACAUCCCCCGAAUUCGCCGAUUUGCGCUGGGGCAAUGCCAGCAAGAGCUCCGAUCUCAUGUUCUCCGAAAAGAAUAACUUUCUCCACGGCUUGAGCUCUACCCUGCUCUUCGGGGCAACCGAUAAACAAUCUUGCCAGGCUAUAAGGAUGGUGCCAUGGGACAACAAUUCGAACGAGCAGCCGCAACUAGUAGGAUCCUUGUCCCGGCUCUGGCCUCUGUUCAUGACUUUCUGUGUGAGCCAGUUCAUCGAGGUCCUCUCUGCGACGGUUCAGGGCCGUCCAGUAGCCGCAGAGACGGGCAUGACGCUUUUCGAGCACUCAUUGGCCUUUGCCGAAGCUGAUGCCGCCAUCAGCAACCAGCUGGGUUGGGGCCUCUUUACGGGCAAGGGGAAUUCUUCCCAGGCAUUAGCGGGAUCUGCUGUUGCUGUCACGCGCAGCAUGAUUCUAAGAAGAGUCAACACGUCUCCAGAAGUUUUGCUGGUUGCGUUUCUCUCCGCCAUGAGCCAUCUCACUAGCCAAAUACUUGGUGUCUUCAACCUACAGUCCAAAUUCCGUUUGAUCAACACUGGUUUCUGGGGACUUUGCUUUAUGGGCAGCAUUGUCUGGGGCGCCGUUACUUUCUCCAUUGAGGAUAGCUCAGCUCAAGCACUCUUGAGGUUCCCUACGGUCGUCAUUAUUGGAUUUGUUCCGCAUGUUCUCAUCAUAUGCGGCAUCUUUAUUUGCAGUGUAAUCUAUUUACUAACCAUGGGCCUCUCAGCGUUCGCUGCUCCUGAAAGCCCUCUUGAGACAGGACAACAACGCCCAACCCUCAGAGACCGCCUUGCUCGAGCCCACGCGAACAUGCAAGCCAAUGGAUCUCUCUCCGAUAUCCGUAUCCGAUGGGACAUGGACUUCUAUACUGCCCUCCUUCGGGCUGGCUUUGGAGCCAUUACCAUGGCUAGUGAGGCUGUCUACCUGAACGAAGACCAUCGGGUGAAUGUAAAGCGCUAUACCUGGUUGGAAGACGAGCGGUUCCGCGAGAUUGAGGAGCUUAGGAUGCAAUGGCUUGGAGGCGGAGGAUCGGGCUCCCGUUUCGACUCCGUCGGUGUCAUCGGUCUCGUACCUGUCAAGGAAGAUCAAGCAAACGCUACGAGCGGUUACGCGAGGGAAAGGGCAGCUCAGAAGAUCCCCCGGAACAGCGUUUCCGCCAGGCGGUUGCGAGACGGGGUGGGCGCCACAGAACGGAGUGGCAGGUGGCUGUUGGCGAUCGAGUAUGUCAUGCACGUCAGCCGCCUGAUCAUCACCACUUGGAUGCUCGUCGUUAUCAAGUUACUCUCUUACUUUGGGAUUCGGAACCCCCCUCGUUGGCUACGGGCGUUGGCCCUUCAGCCACCAAAGCCGGAGACUGCCACCAACGGCAGGAGGUCAGGGCGGAGAGGCGAGCGCGGUGCAACAGCCAUCUGGGUAGACGCAUCAGAUCCCAACUCUUUCCCCGUCCCGCGGAGUGAGCGGGUCGAUGUGGAAGCCGAGUUCCGCCGGCGCCUCCAACAACAACCCCUUAGCAGUGAUCAAACCGGCGCCAGCGAAGCCGACAUCGACUCCAAGCUAUACAGCUGGUUCCUAAACGGCGGCUGGUGGGGAAACAUUGAUACAAGCGGUGACUACGUUCCCCCCGGCGGCGGUACCGACCUAGACGACCCGGACUUCGACACCACAAGCAUCAUCUCCACAACCGAGACCACAUCGCUAUCAGACCUAGACAAUGCCUGGGAGUCCGACAGCGAUAACAACCAUCUCGAAGACGGCCAACGCACACCCACUCAAUCGUCCCCUUACCCAAACAACAAGCCCAACACCCAAAACCCCCUCCAACAAUCCUGGGCCUUCUCCCGGGAAUCCACCCCCGCUCAAGUAGCAGACCUCCCCCUAGCCGCCUCCGACCUCGCCCGCCUCCUCAACCCUCAAUCGCCCGAAGAGCGCGACGAAGCCAUCACCCUCGCCGCCCACUUGUCUUUCGAAGAAGGGAUCAUGACCCGCUCCCGCUUCCGCCAGCACCAAGCGCGCCAGCGCGUCAAGGUACUACUGUCCGGCGCCCAACACCGUCGUUUGUACGGCGGAUACGGCAAGGGAGGACAAAGUACGCAGAUGAUGACGCCCGAGGAAGAGGCGAGGCGGUUGGAACAGAUAUUGUUGUCUAGACGGGCUGCUAAGGCGGCCCCUCCUAACCCAGAGGAGGAGGGAGGGGGUACUGGUACUGGUACAGGUACACAAAGUGGUGGUGGAAGUAAUGACUGGGCAACGGGUGCGGAUGGCCUGGGUAGUGAAGGACCGCAGUGCGUGGUUUGUCAGUGCGCGCCGAGGACGAUUAUCGUUUGGCCGUGUCGGUGUCUGAGUCUUUGCGAUGAGUGCAGGGUUAGUUUGGCGAUGAAUAAUUUUGACAAGUGCGUGUGUUGUCGGAGGGAGGUUAUUAGUUUUAGUAGGAUUUAUGUGCCUUGAUACUUGGGUUAUGAUGGACUUUAUUGGGAGGAGGAAAGAGAUUUCGUAUUCCGAAUGGCUUUACACUACGCACGUAUUUGGUAAUGAAGGAAGAAGUGAGGGACAUGUUUUGAGAAGAGAGCCUUAGAGAUACGGGAGUCGAGUAUUCAACAGCAUGGUGAUCAUUGGAAGUUAGCCAGGUUGUGAAGCAUGCACUGGGGCGAUUGGGAAGCGAUUGAAAGGGCGUUUUGAUGGUUCUUGAUUUGAUGUUGGUUGUCUUUGGGCGAUUUGUUCCUACGAGUUUCUGAAGAGAUCUCGAACGGGGCGAAUACAAGAUAUGCACAAUGAAUGCGAUUUCACACGAUGCAAAAAGUAG